GCUGUCCGGGGUCACGUGUGGCGGCAGCUCGGAGCGAUGGCUGACGGAGCGAGCAGCCUCAUCCGCCUGCGCCUCAGCUUCGACUACCCGCCCCCCGCGGCGGCGGGCUGCCGGCUGUGCUGGCUGCUGCUGGACCGGAACCGCUGCCGGGUGGUGGCCGACCUGGAGAGCCUGAUCCGGGACAAGUUCCAGUUCAGCCGCGGCAGCAUCCUCAGCCUCUUCAUCCAGGACUGCUACCUGCCGCACACCGAGAGCGUGUACGUGGUGCGCGACAACGACAGCGUCAGGGUGAAGGUGGACCCGGCGUCUCCGGUGAACGGCCUCAGCAGCUGUCCAGCUUCAGAUGGCGUCCAGCACAGGAAGAGGAAGUCCGCCGUGGAGGAGGAAGACCUGGGCGGUGUGGUGAGGAAGAAGAAGAAGAGGAAGAGGAGGGGGGAGGCUGAAGAGCAGGACUGCACAGGGGGGGGCAGAGAACAGGACACCCCGGGAGUGUCCCCAGCAACAACCUCCAAGAAGGAGAAGAAGAAGAAGAAGAAGAGGACGACGUCAGAGAGAGUCUGCCCCUCUGUCACCCCUAACCCCCCCCCGGCUGCUCUGACCCCCCAGAGUCUCAGGUCUCAGAGGUCUCAGAGGUCUGAGGGGACCGCAGGACGUCCUGGCCCCAAAGCACUCCGGCCCCCCCCCUCCUCCUCCUCCUCCUCCUCCUCCUCCUCGUCCUCUGAUGAGUCCACCAGGACUAAACCCCCCACAGCCCCCUCAAACCCCCCCCGAACACCGAAGCCUCUGAAGUCGUCAGACUCCUUACAGACACAGACUGCUGCCCCCCCGUCAGACCCCCCCCAGCGCUCCCAGACCCUGCAGCAGCAGGAGGAGGAGGAGGAGGAGGAGGAGGAGGAGGAGAUCCAGCUGGUCAUACACCCACCCAGGCAGCAGCCAGGUGGGGAAAGGGGGGGCCACAGGGGGGGCAGCAGGGGCCACAGGGGGGGCAGCAGGGGGGGGCGCUUUGAUUCCAGACCCAAGCAGCCUCCAUAUGAACCUGAGGCACCGACUACACCGGUGGUCCUCCAGAACGGGGCUCUCAGACAGGACUACACCUCCAUGCCCCUCCUAGCAGCGCCCCCACAGGUCGGCCAGAGCAUCGCCUUCAAGCUGUUGGAGCUCACUGAGAAUUACACACCAGAAAUAUCACAGUACAAGGAGGGGAGGAUCCUCAGCUUUGACCCCGUUACCAGGCAGAUUGAAGUGGACCUCCGAGCAGCCUCUCAAAGUCCCUCAGAGCCUGGGAAGUUUGACCUGGUCUACGUGAACCCGGACGGCUCGGAGCGCGUGGAGUACGCCGUGUCCAGAGGAUCUCGGGUGACGGAGCUGUGGGACACUCUGAUUGAGCCCAGGCUGGUCGUCUAGUCCUCCGUCUUCUGGAAGAUCUUCCUCCUGUCACCUCAUCCACUCACAAUAGUUGAGUUUUUUACUUGCAGCUGUUUUAAUACUCUGGGUUCAUCUGUUUGUACAGUGACGAGUUUCCUUUCACAAUAAAGUGUUUU